AUGCUAGGAUUUUAUGUAAUUAUCUUUUCAUUCUUAAUAACAAUCGCUGAUGGAUGUUUCACAUCAGGGGUUUGCCAACAUUGCAUACCUAUGCCACAACCAUCAUGUUCAACAGGUUGCAGCACCGGUUACUCGUGUGGUCACUAUGGUUGUUAUUCGAGAGCACGAGCUAGAUCAUCGAAAACACUUAAGAAAAUUGGAAGCUUUGAAGAUGAGGAUGAAAAAAGUUUGGUAACUGAACUCCAAAAUCCAAAUGAAAAAUUUUUUAAUUGUUGUGUGGAACGGAAUCUUCCUGAUGCUUGCUUGCAAAAAUGCUCAUUUAAUACAUAUUCGAGAAAUGCCUUACAGGCAAUGUUUUUCCGCUCAGAUCCUUGUCCAAUGCAGGCUGCUAGCGAUAUACACUUUUGCGCAGCUCAAGGACAGGAUCACCGACAAUGUUGUUUAUCUAACGGAGUUGCAGCAACCAUUGCUGGUGCAAAAUGUUUGACAUUUUGCGAUCAGCGCCCCGAUCACAUAACUCAACUUGAUAUCUCAUACCUACCAUGCUACGAUCGCUUCGAAAAUAUUAAAGGAUGUUUUUGGGAAUAUCUCAACCAAUAUAAUUGA